AUGUGCCCUGCCCAGAUGCAUCUACGUUCUGCUCUUGUGCUUUCGUGUUGGCUGUCCACGGCCCAAGCAUGGCUGGCAUGGAGGGUUGUGGAAGAUGAAAACUACAAUUACCUUCCAGCGCGACAAACGGGCCCUGGCGAUGGCUUCAGACACGGCGGAGGCUUAUCGCCGCCGGCCCCAACGUCGCCUCCAAGGGUACGGUUCCGAAAUGCCAACCUUGUACCACGGGCGUCUGCUGAUACUUGCGGUUUCUUGGUCGAUCCCGACGCAACCGAGCCUCAGCCGUACGGGUGUGUCUAUACAACCUGUAUGACGUCAGGGUCAUAUUAUGGAUGUACUUCAGAACCAUACACGGCGUGUUUCGAUGGCAGCGCGGGCAUAUGUCGUACGGGCACUCCAGGGUCGAGAACUAGAUGCUGGUAUUACCGCCAGUACCGGCGCCUCAAGACCAUGCCAACGGCAACAUCAUCGCCAUCACAGUCAUCGUCGACCCCGGUUGGUGCCAUAGUGGGCGGUGUAGUUGGUGGCAUCGCUUUCAUAGGUCUCGCAGGUCUCGCCAUCUGGUUUUUGAUCCGCCAGAAAAAUCAGUCUCGCAGUCAUGGGGCCCAAGGGCCACGGCCGCCGCCACAAAAUCAGUCACAAAAAGCUCAACCGUAUGUGGUCGCUCCUCCGCCCAACCAGCAACAAUACAACCAGCAGUACAAUCAGCCAUAUCAACAACCACAACAGUACCAGCAAUACCAGAAACAGGAGGUCCAACAUGAACACUACGAUUACACAUCCCCUGCAGACCUUCCUGAAUAUGAUGCAGGCCUUUCGCCAGUUCCCACGGCAGACCCGAGACGUGAUCUCCGGAACGCGCUGCUCAACCCUCGAUCCUUACCGCCAGAGGUCUGCGGAUACCGUGCCCGAGAUGACGGAAGCUUCGGAACCUACUCCUGUAGGGGAAUCAACUGCUUGACCCAAGGCUCGUACUUUGGAUGCUACACUACGCCCCCUACGAAAUGUUUCGAUGGCACGGCUUCUCAGUGUCAGCCAUCCGCUGCGUCACUUGGACCAGGAUCUCGUUGUUGUACUCAAUCCGAUAGAACUUAUCUCCCAUUCUGCGUUACACUUUUGAAAGAAGACAACGGUCAGAAGACGAUGUUUAGAUGUGGAGAGCGUAUACACAGUAGCAGAACGAUCAUGUUUCUGGGUACAGAGACUACUGACCCCGACGCCACCAGGACCGAUAUCAGUAUCUCCUCUGCCUCACCAACCACUUCCGAAACGUCGUCUGGAUCACCGUCUACAUCGCCGUCUGUGACGCCAACACCAACGCCUCCAGACAAUUCGCCGUCUAAUACUGGUGCCAUCGCGGGAGGUGUGGUAGGCGGUGUUGCUGUGGUGGCCAUUGCAGUUUGCGUGAUUGUCUGGCUGCUUGUAAGGCGAAGAAGGCAGGCGAAGGAGCAAGCUGGAAGUGCACCAACACCCAUGACACCGGGCCAGCAGUCCCACUUCUCUCAGCCGUUUUACGGAUAUGAGGGACAGCAACAGCCCCCGGGCCCCGACGCACAAUACCCCAAGUACUAUCAGCCCGUGCCAACUUCAUCCCCUCAGCCUAUAUACGAGGCGCCUGCGCACAACGCAGGCAGACAGAACGCUGUGGAAAUGGGUACUUGA